AUGGCCACAGUGGUCCGGUCGCAGACACCGCUGCAAGACACUUACGGCGCCAUCUCACAGCCCGCACAUUCCAUAUUCUCAGGUCAGGGCUAUGGCUCGCGGUCCGCCUCUAGACCAAAUUCCUUUAUAGCCUCCAACUCCGGCUACAACCUUGCUUCUGGUGCUGUCGCGGAGCCCCCGGUCACUCACAACGGUCGAUUUCAUGAGGAGUUCGAUGUCGCCAGCCAACGUGGUUCCGUCGUUUUCGAAGGCCCGUCAGCCGCCGCCGUACAGCGUUCCGCAUCUCAGAUGUCCAACUCCCGUUCCGCGACACCCACGCGAUCCGGUACUUUGAAAAAGAAGUCCUCCCUCAGCAAGAGAGGCAGUAUGCGACGCAGCGGGAGUAAGAGAAGCCUGCGCGCCGGAAGUGUCAGGAGUCUAGUCUUGGGCGAUAAGGAGAAGUAUAGCGUCGACGGCGCCGAAGAUCAGAAUAGCGCAUUCUACAUCCCUGUUCCUACGAAUGGGAACCCGACGGAGGUUUUGGCAGAUCGCUUUCAAGCUUGGCGCAAGGUCCUCAAGGAUCUCAUUGUGUUCUUUAAAGAACUCCAGAAAUCCUACGAAACUCGAUCCAAGCUGUUCAUGUCGGCGUCAAAUAUCAUCAACAAUUCCGCGUUGCCCCCCACGUUUCUCAAAUCUGGCGGCCUUGCAGAUGCGACCGAUAUUUUGCGGAAUUUCCAUAAACAGGCGUAUCAGGAAGCGAGCAAAGCUGCUGAGGUGGAAAACGAGUUGGUCGCUCAGCUAAUGGGACUCCGAAACGACCUGCAAAAGAAAACCAAGGAGAUCAGGAGCCUUUCGGGCGAUUUUCGAAACUCGGUAGAUAAGGAAGUCGACGCCACCCGCAAAUCGAUCCGUCAUCUGCACGAAGCCCUAGGUCUGGUCGACACGGAUCCAGCGGCCACGGCAGGAAAAGGAGACCCGUUUAUCGUCCGUUUGAGUGUCGACAAGCAGAUUGAAAAGCAGAUUGAAGAAGAAAACUAUUUGCAUAGGGCGUUUUUGAAUUUGGAAAACUCUGGUCGCGAAUUGGAAUCUAUCGUGGUUAGCGAAAUCCAGAAGGCGUACAAAACUUACGCCAACAUCCUCACACGGGAAGCCGACGAGGCGUACGAUGCCGCGGAGAAGCUUCGAGCAGGGCCCAUCUCGAUGCCGCACGACCACGAGUGGAACUCGUUCAUCGCAGAGACCGACGAGCUAGUCGAUCCACGAGUGCCCCUUCGGGAUGUAGAGAAUAUCUCUUACCCUGGUAAAGACCAUCCCGCCGCUGUAGAGGUCAGAUCCGGUAUGCUCGAACGUAAGAGCAAAUAUCUCAAGAGCUACACGCCUGGCUGGUAUGUCCUGUCUCCGACUCAUCUUCAUGAGUUCAAGUCAGCCGAUCGAGUGGCAUGGCAGACACCCGUGAUGUCCCUGUAUCUCCCGGAGCAAAAGCUUGGUUCUCAUUCGCAGCCGGACUCCACCUCCCAUAAAUUCAUGUUGAAAGGGCGACAGACGGGAACAAUGCACCGAGGCCACUCAUGGGUCUUCCGUGCCGAGUCGCACGAGACGAUGAAGGCGUGGUACGAAGACGUCGAAAGCCUGAUCUCCAAGACCGGUGAGGCAAGGAAUGCGUUUGUCAGGAGACAUGUGCGCACUGUAAGUGGUGCAAGUUACGGGCGGACGUCCACAAGCAGUGAUAGGGUUAUGGAUGAGGAUGAAGCGGAUCGCACACCUUACUCGGCAGGAUCAAUGGUUUUAAACCAAGAACGCCCAGCAUCCCAACCGCGUGAACCGGGCGGCCGUUUCCCCAGUGAUGUGCAUAUAGACCGCCAUUUACAGGCCCCAUUGUCGCCGUCAAGUGGAGAGAGCUCCGGCGAGAGAGAUCUAUUAGCGGCCGUCGGAUCAUUGCCUGAUGCCAAAUCCCCUCUCCAAAGCACACGUCACUCCAUAUCUGAACGCGACAUGGAUGUAGACCAGGUGCAGCCUUCACGUCAGGUGGGUGAAGCCACGCGCCAACCUUUCGAGAGACACGACAGCUAUUAUGGCGCUUGGAUGAACACGGCCGGCCAUCAGAAGCAAAUGCAGGCUCAGCAAAUCUAUGAUAACACUCAAGAUACUACCGGAUUUGAGAGAGAUCAUAUGGCUCCCAACUUGAUUGCAGGAUUGAAGACAACCAAUUCUCGUGAUCACUCUCUGACACGACAGAGAAUUCGGGGCGAAAGCACCUCGACUGUGCCUACCACUACAAAUGUGACAGAUCACACUUUCAACACUGUCCCCACCUCGAUAGACGAGAGACCGGAAUCAAUCUCACACGGAUCCGAUGUACCUAUGACUGAUAGCUGGAACAAAGGACAAGGACCUCCCUCCGUCCGUACAGCUUCAUCAGCCACAGCAGUGCCCAUCAACGCUCCUCGUUCAGGCGUUGUCGAGUCGAACGAGGGCAGGCGUCCUCCCGCUCAAACCAAAAACAGCGUGUCCACCCUCGAGCUCAAGAUUCCGGGUCACUACCCACCAGCCAACGUCCCAGCAUAG